CAUCGACCGUCCUCUCUCAUAUCAAAAGCUUCUUCAUCUCUCUCCAUCUCCAAGUGCAAACUGAUACAGACAGAAAUUUCGAUUACGUUCAAAAAUCCUUUCAUCCUUAAACCUCGCUUAAAAAUCUCAUCUUGGAAAAAGGGCUUCAACCCAAAAUCACGUAUAUGGGCGGCGAAGGAGAAGGGCCGCCGCCGCUGUACCAACCGAAAGACGACCACUGGACUCACUUUGACAACUCCGUGAAUGCAGUAUCUUUCGGCUUCAUCGCCACCGCCAUUCUCGUCUCCAUGUUUCUUCUCAUGGCCAUUUUCGAGAAAUUCCUCCGAACCACCUCGCCGGAGCGCCGCCGCCGCUCCGUUAUUGAAGCCCAGAAUCAUGUUGCUGCUUUCAGUGCUAAGCUCGGCUACUACCCAUCUCACAAAGCCACGGAGGUUUCUGUGGUGAUGCCGGGUGAGAAAGUGCCGACCUUCAUCGCUCAGCCAGCUCCGGCUCCUUGCCCUCCGGAGCGUGGUUCGUGGCCUCUGCAUAAUCCCGAUGUGCCCAUCCCCGACUAGGUAAAAUGUCAAGACUUGUUGAGAGGCCUAAUUUCUUUAAAAAAAUUUGCCUAUGGUGUCACGGAGAGAAAGGGCUUUUGUUUGUGUGUUUUUUUUGAGAUGUUUUACAUGUAUUUGGUAAAUAAAUAGAAGCAUUUAGAAAUUGGAAGAUGACAUGUAUAUGAACCAUCGUACUUAUGCAUAUAUAAACAAUGUAUUAUUAUUCAUUUUUGUAGAUCAUUUUUGGCA